UAGGCGCUGCAAGAACAACAAUAGGACGUGUCAAAAUACGAUGCGAAUGAAUCACAUGAACAAAUGACUGUCCUUAAUCACAGCAUCAACAUGUUUUGUCUGUCCGUUAUUGUCCUCAUCGGUAGUUGAUCAUUGUAAAGUGGCGUUCCUGCAGUGAACUGAAGUGCUGUGUGAAGUCUAGUUUGAUUGAAUCUAACACAUCUCAGACGAUAUUUUCAACAAACAGCUGUACGAACACGUAGGGAGUGAAUUACGCGGCAAACACGAUGUUUGCCUGCUGACUUUACAUUUCAUUGGAAACAUUUACACUUCAGUAUCGUUUUCGCACAUUUUGCAUGCUCAAAAUCUAAGACGACUUUUGACAACAUGGGGUUCUAGGAUUGGUUGGGCACGUUGUUUGUGAUGAAGGACAGGAAAGGGGCCUUGAAUUUUGCGCAAAUGGUCGUCAUGAACCAAGGAUACGCAACAUGACUGGCUAUUUCGUUAGCAGUCGACUUGAAUUGUUUCUUGUAAUCGCUGCUGUUGCAAUAUUGGGACAAGCAGGGAGGAGUGAACCUAAUGCCACAGUGUUAGAGAUAACGCCAGGGAGUGUUGCAAAACUGCCUUGCGCCUUGCCACCACUGGUAAAAUUUAAGCGGAUCUGGCUAAAAGACGCAAAAAGGAUUGAGAUGGGUAAAAAGAGAAAAAUCAACAAAAAAGGAAUCUUGAUGAUCAGAAAAUUUGAAAGGAAUGACGAAGGGCUAUAUGUUUGCAAAUUAAAAAAUGGCAGAGUCAUACGAAGGACUAUUCUACAAUACAGAGAAAUUGUAGGCAGACCAAAGUUUCGUCAUGGACAAGGCCACGAAAUAAGAGGAACAAAAGUGGCCCUAGUGAACGGUGACGUCAAGAUCGAAUGCAAGGCAGAAGGAACCCAGCCCAUUUCGUAUCGCUGGUCGAAGGAGGGCCGGCCGCUCGUGCAACCCAAGUUCACAGUUAGCGAGUUUUCUCUGAAGAUUGAUAGCGUCGACCUGUCAGAUGAAGGCACAUACACGUGCAUUGCCUCGAAUGUUUUUGGCUCCAGCGUGUGCAAUUAUACAUUACAUGUUACAGAGAUCGUGCGUUCAAAGCCGUUCCUUCAACCAGAUUUUCCGAGAAGUGCGACUGCACAUGUUGGCGAAAAUGCUUCAAUGGAAUGUUAUGAGUUGUUUAGCUACAAAAUGGGUACAAUGGUUGACUUUCGAUGGUUCUUAUGGCUUAUUAAACCAAACGCCACCUUGGAACAGGACCUUCACAAGCUAGUUUCGCAUGCAAAUUCUACACACAACUUUAGAUUAAUCAGUUCAUUGUAUUACGAGACAAUGAGAAAGAAUAUAAAUAACAAAUACUUGUAUGGAGUUCGCUUGAAUCUUUACAAUGUGACUAUUAAGGAUCAAGGCUAUUACAGUUGUGUUGCCUGCAGCCACUUGGGAUGCGCCUUCACAACGGCCAAUUUGACUGUAGUUCAAGACACUGAGCUUGUUACCACUUCGUUGCCAAUCGUCAGCGGAAAUCGCGUUUCUCCGAAUGAGAAUAAAAUCACUUACACAAUUGUAAUCGCGUCUGGUUGCGCUGCUAUUGUGGUUGUUGUUGUUAUAUUUAUUGUUUGCUGGAAAAUGUUACGGAAUCGUGAUAAAAAACGAGAAUUGUGCGCAGAGGAUAUGACCACGGACGCUAACUUAAAUAAAAAGAAUUAUAUUGUAAAAUACAACGACUCUAACGGUAGCAAGGUAAUCUCGAUGACGUCAUCAACGACACCCUUGAUUCACAAGUCAAGCUUAAGAAGCAGCUUUGAGUCGCAGUGGUCAGCAAGUUUCCAACGGAGGUCACUGCAGUUGCCAAUCGCUCUUAAUGCAGAAACUUAUCGUGAGACAUUAGAAAUUCCUUUGGAUCGAGAAUGGGAAAUAGACAGAGAGAGUUUGAUCCUUGGAGAGACUUUAGGAGAAGGCGCAUUUGGUGUGGUGGUUAAGGCAGAAGCACUCUGUUUGAUACCAAAAUCUGGAAGUGUGUCAACUGUAGCAGUAAAAAUGCUCAAAGCGGAUGCAACGGAACACGAGCUGCACGAUUUGUUGUCCGAAAUGGAGACAAUGAAACGAAUUGGCCAACAUAGAAACAUCAUUAAUUUCCUAGGCUGUUGCACACAGAAUGGUUCGGUGUACGUCGUCGUUGAAUUUGCCCCAUAUGGGAACUUAAGACAAUAUUUACGGAGCAGACGGCCGCCUUUAAAUGCGUCUUCAGAUGAGAGUAUCGAAUCAGAAAUCACCUUGCCGAGUCUCGUUUCAUUCUCAUUGCAAGUUUCUAAAGGCAUGCAAUUCCUAGCAGACCGCAAGUGCAUACAUAGAGAUCUGGCAGCUAGAAAUGUCUUGGUUGGUAAAGAUUUCGUCAUGAAAAUCGCAGACUUUGGGUUGGCCAGGAAUGUUCGUGAAUCAGAUUACUAUAGAAAAACAACAGACGGUCGAUUGCCAAUAAAAUGGUUGUCUAUAGAAGCAUUGUUCGAUCGAGUUUAUACCACGCAAAGUGACGUAUGGGCGUAUGGUGUUCUCUUAUGGGAGAUAUUCACCUUAGGUGGCUCUCCUUACCCAAGCAUUCCUGUUGGGAAGUUGUUCAGCUUGUUAAAGUCAGGAUAUCGAAUGCAAAAGCCUCAAGGGUGUCCUUCAGAGAUAUACGAAGUGAUGUUGAAGUGCUGGUAUGAGAAUGCAAACAGCCGCCCGACGUUUACCAGCCUCGUCAACCAAUUCGAGAAAUUCCUAGAGAGCUUCGCAUCGAUGGAUUACAUCGAGGUUGUGGCUGACUCAACGGACUGCAUCCCUGAAGAAGAAGAGCCCCACGAAUCAGACGCUGCGGAGCUGUCAAGCGAGCAAUCCGCUGACGAGGAGACACCCUUUGACAUGCUUGAAGAGUCAACGUUGUGAUAUAUUGUACAGCAGAAUACCGCAAGAGGGUGAUCAAUUUUCAUGGCUGGGUGAUCCCGUGUACCCAGUCAUACUGCAAGUAAUUGGCCCUUGGUUGCAAGAUAUUGCCGGAUAAGUUAUUGGAAGGCCGAAGGUGGCUGUCAUGAGUUUCCCCAUGCGUUUACAGUGGAAAUAGACAGGAGUCCUUGACAAUGGUAACCUGACAUUUUGUUAGAAGAUGGUACAGUUAAUUGGACCCUUCGAUGCGAUUGCCAGUUUCACUUUUUUCGCAGAGGUCUUGCAAUCAACUUGCGUAAGAAGAAGGUUAACAAAAGCAUCUCAAAGCCUGAACUAUACGCACCUUAAACCUAUCGAGAUCGAUUUUAAACGUCUAUUCUUAAUGUCUCCUUUGGGCAUCGUAGAUGCAGAAUUGUCUCCAGUUUGGACACACUUACGUCAGAGUUGUACUUGAUUAUGCCGCCAGCCACACGUUUGGAGAAUGCAUAUCACCACUCUCCCACCAUUAAAAAUAGUGAAUUCCUAACUGCUAUUUCAACACACAAUAAAUGUGUGACUAAAUAUUAGCCAACACGUCAGUAAAUGGUUAAACAGAUUUAUGACAGAUUUUAGUGACUGCAUAAUGAUUAGUAAACCAAAUAUUUUAACACUGAGUAACUUAACCGUUUUACAAAUUUGCAAUGAAGACAAGCUGGCAGCCAAUUAUGUAAGUUAGAAAAAAUGCAGAAACACAUUUGGUUGCCUAACGAACCUUUAUAUCAACCUCAAAAUAGUCGAGAGAUGUGUUUUGAAUUAUAAUUAAAUGUUUUAUGAAUUAGAUAUCGUCAUUGAAAUAUCGAUAGUCAUCGGUGAAAGAAUUUAUGUCAUGAAAGAAUUUGUUACAGAAUUAUCAAUGUCAUCGGUGUUCAAAGUAGCGUAUAUAAAGAAUUUAGCAAUAUGUUUAUAAAUAAUGGAUAUUGAA